AUGGAGACGAUGACGGCGGGACCGGGCACACCGGCGCCGACCGCUCGGCCUCGGGGCAGAUGCGAUGACACGGUGCCCGCGUGCAGAACAUUUCAUGGGGGGGGCGAGGGAGGGGGGGGGGGGCACGGGAACCCCACAGUACAAUACCGAGGGGGUCGGAUAACACGGGGCCGCCGCAGUACUUUCCUGGUCUCCAGAGGGGGGAGGGGCAUCGGAUAUCACGGGGCCCCGGCAGCACCAUCCCGGUCUCAAGGGGGGGAGGGCGGGGGGCGUCGGUUAACACGGGCCCCUGGCAGUACCAUCCUGGUCUCCGGGGGCGCGUCGGACAGGAAGCCCCCGGCCCUGGGACCCGUGCGCCCGUGUUUUUGUCGCUGACGCGUGCGUCGGCGUAAGGAAGUGGCAUGGAUUUUCGUAGCUGUGGAGGGCGGCGGAGGCGGUGUUGAAAAACGGAAAAUUCGGCUUCUUUUUUUUUUUUUGUGGUGGCGUUGCUGGUGCUGGUGACGCUGGUGCUGGUGCUGUUGCUACGGCGAGGGCAACUACGACUGGGUUGUGGAGUGGCACGGUGUGGAGGAAGAAGGGCGACAAGAGACGACUGGUCCAGGUUUGUUUCUGUGUUGGUGACCGCGCCGUGUUGCUUUUCCGACUGUCCGGUAGGCAGCAGCAGCAG